CUAGACUCUAGACACCGGUUUGGUGCUUGCAUGGGAUCUGUAGCACUACUCGGUACUCCCGACCCGACUGAAGAAUUCACAAUAUGACGUGGCGUUUUUUGUUCAUAUUAAUCUAGAGCGGAAGUAGAUUCGUUUCAUAUUCAUUUUUCAUCGACCUUGCACCAAGAGCCUGAGCCGGUCCCUCGACGGACGAAAUGCAGGGGUGAGAGGAUGUAGAUGUGCUAGUGGAGUGGAAAUAGCGGAGCUCAUCUUCCGCUCCCACCGACUCGAGCUGAAAGUGUGGCUUUCGGACGCGCUCAGCACUAAGCAAUCCUCGCGACGCUGGUAAGAAGGCGCCCGCGUGAGCGUGGAAACGGACUGGAGGUCAACAUCGCGGCGGAAAAUUUGCUGUAUCCCGACCGACGUCGCAAUGGCCGCGUCGUACCGGGUUCGCUUUUGCGCCGUCCGCACUGGACGAGGUGGGCCGCAGAACUUUUCUGGAUCUUCAUCUUCCAGAUCCAGUUCAUUCCACAAGCGCUGCAGACGGGUCAUUUCAUCAAACCUCGAAGGUAGAACUUCGUUAUGGUCCCCGGUGACGGGCAACUCUGGUUAUCGCCUGCCGUUUCCGGCUACCAGUCGUGGUUUUCCCGCGGCCGGGGAGGCAUUCCUACCGCCUUCCACGAAGGCACAGACACGACGACAAAGCGUUUUGAGGAAAGCACCAAGAGCCGCGCCGUCUACCUCUUCGUGUUCCCUCUAUUCCGACUGGUGCACUUCGUUCGAGCAAAUGGAACUCCACCCGGAGCUGCUACACUCGCUGAACUACCUAUCCAGGAAAAAAACGCCUAUCCCUUUUUUGCAUGGCAAACACUGCAACUUAUGCACGUUUUGCAUGACAGAUUGGGUGGGGGUGGGUGGUUUUGCUUUGAUACUACCGGAAAAAGAUUUUCCACCCGACGAAAAUCCAGGCGGACAGCUGGCGGCCCCAAUCGCUCGGGAAAGAUACCGUCAUUCAAAGCGAAACCGGGUCGGGGAAGACGCUGGCGUACUUACUACCAAUUUUAAAUCGCGUGUUCUACCGAGCUGCGGGCAUAUCACACAGCGGGGACGAACAAUCAAUCGGGGGCAGUCGGGGUCUUCAGGAAGGAGCGCACAGGACGAGCUUUUCAUCUCCUGCAAGAACGUCUAGCACUUACAAUCAGCAUCGCCGCCCCUGCGUAAUUCUGACUGCGAACGCGGAUCUGUGCGUGCAACUUAUUCACGACAUCGAGCAGAUUGAUCCGCACAACGUCGUCGUGUUGCAGUCCCUGGGGACAACUUGGUGUCGCAGUUUCUUAGCGACGGCAGCUUCUGACGAGGAUAUUACCACGACAGGAGGACGUGGUGGCUCGUCUUCGGGCGGAAUAUCUUCAACGGACUGCCAAACGUCGACCCGCGGGGAUACCAGUGGCAGUGCUCCGACAAGCCGGACGGUGAUAACUUCUCCCCGUAUACGCUUUCACGCCGUGGAUGUCGUCGUUUCUACGGUGCAGAAAUUCGCCGAGGAUCUGCCGCAGCUCUGCAAGGAUGGCUUUUAUCCGGAAACCGUCGUGUUCGACGAGGCUGAUUUACUCUUCCACGGUAUGAUCCCGGAAAAAUGAAGCGCCUGUCUCCAGCGACCCAACGUAGUGGAGAGUGAAGUCGUCCUUUGUGGCAAUCGACGAUGUAAAUUCAACGGAGUGGAUCUCUUCUAAAAUUCCGCCCUGCGCUGGAGUGAGGACGGGAUUCAAAAUGAAGAUGAAGAUGAACAGCACAGCCAUGCCUUGAAUAGCCACACUUUUACUGAGCCGCACAGUAUUUCUUUUGACAUGAGCAGAUAGUGGCUGGCAAGGCCGAUGAUAUCGGCCCGCGAAAAAAUCAAGCAUGUACUUUUCACACUUUUUCUGCUACGAAGAGUCCGUUUUUUCGGUUCCAUUUCCCGCGCCACCAGAACCUACGUGUACGACAUUUUCAGCUACCUUCGGCCCCGCCUGAAAAUUCGCCAACCUGGAGAGGAAAAUUUCGUCAAAAUGACCCGCUUGCCGCUCAUCCCAACGCAGUUUGUCUAGGGAAAUUGCAAAAGCAUGUAUUUCGAUCAUCGAGAAGUAGACAACAUAGCAUUUCAACCCUUUGUUCCAAAAGGAAUAAAAAUAUGGAAUUUGUCUUUGUCAUGCCGAUUUACAUUAUAUAUACUGCUUUUGCGCAGGAUAUUGUCUUUUCCACGGCAACAGUAACGCACAUCGGGCCCUUGUCCAUCGGCAACAUGCUGAUUGAGCGGUUUUGUACCGCCGAGACCGUUCAUGGACGCGGAGGUAGUGGAGCUGCUGAUGGCAGAGCACCGACGGUGGAGCAGGGUCUUCUCGAAGCUGACGAAAAUGGAAAUUAUCUACCUGCUUCGGGUACCGUGGCGGAGUCCUCUCUCCUAGGAGUUUUCCCAGCCGGCGGUGGUGGUCCUGCGACGACCUCGCACACGCUGCCGGAGUCAAUACAGAUAUGGGAAGAAAAAAGUGUUACAGUUACACAUUGUGUUCUUGCAAGACCGGCAACACAGACAGCCUUUCUCAUGCAGAUCUCCUUCCUGUUUUCCUUCCUGUUUUCCCUUAUGUUUUCUGCAUUACGCAGAGAACAUUUGUGUUGCGGAAUUGACAACGAAUGUGUAACUGUAACACUUUUUUCGUGGGAUAACAGACGGAGUGGAUCUAUCACGCCUCGGAAGAUUGGAACACCCGCGUCGAGGACCUAAUUCGCCUGCUGCAGGAGAUAUCCUGUGCAAAAGUACCGUACUUGUAUUGCAAUCAUGCAUUACAAAUUUCUUUCUUAAGUCAAAUCCCCAUUACAAAUUUUAUUUUUCAUGCUGAGGAAGCUUGUAAUGCAAAGUGCAGCGAUGCUUUUGCAUUUCAUAGGAGAAGCAGCGCGGCGGUUGUUCUGGCGGUGUGGUACGGAGCGGGCGAUUUUCGCAACCCGUACAGCGCACGUUGAUCUUCACGAACAAGGCUUCGAACGCGGAAAUUCUGACCGACCACCUGCGUCGCCUCAAAUGGCCUGUGGUGCUGUACGCGAAAGGGAAAAAGGGAAAGAUGGGACCCCGCAUGCGCGAAGUCGCGGAAAAUUUUCUCGGCGGAAGUUGUACGAGUGCUGCAGCUCAUCUGGGGGCAACGCCAUCUUCAACAUCGGCUCCUUCGAAUGGUUCUAUGGAUGAUGGGCAUCAUCAAGUACAACUACAAGUACAUCAGCCGACCUUCUGCGUUUCCACGGACCUGGGCGGGCGGGGAAUCGACUGGCCUGAUAUCGACCAUGUGGUGAAUUUCGAAUUCCCGCGCGAUGCCAUCACGUUCCUGCACCGGGCCGGCCGCACGGGGCGCAUGGGAAGACCGGGCUUGGUUACCAGCUUCAUCGCGGAAAAAGACCAACGUAUGGCAGAAGAAAAAUCAACGCCGACCUAGUUCUCGUCGGAGCUAUUCAUCGAGUUUAAGUAGCAUGACAUGCGCAAAGAUGAAAAAUGAAAUGAUGCAUUCAUUUUGCACCACGACCGAUUUAUUUUUGUCUUGUCUCGCAGAGUCUAUCAAUCAGCACACACAAAGUUUUGUACAUUCAGAAAUGCGAAGACGAAGUGCUCGUGCAGCAGUACCGACCUUGUACAGUGGUGGCGAUAUUAUCGGUUUCUUCUGGAUACCGUAGCUGGCGGAAAGCAUUGUGGAAAAUUUCGACAGCUUGGAAAAAAGCUUCAGCCUGAAAAGAAGCUUGCGGAAGAGGAGACGGCGGCAAGCGGCUGCGGAAGACGCCGAGGAGCAGCAGAACAAGGGGCUCCACAGCGGAACAACUGCACCAGGAACAAGUAGUGCUGCCGCAGCAAGGACUUCCUCUGCCGAUAGUGCUACGAGCAGAAAAAUAUAAACAAAAAUGUCAAUAAAAUCAGCUCCUUUAAUAGAAAGAUUUAGAGCAUCCAUUCGGAUUUUUUGGGAUGAAGACGUUUGCCACCUUUAUUGCUUCUCUUGCAUCAACAGUUGAACAUGAGGCAACUUGUACGUCUUUCCAAUGUCAUCCAUUCGAACAGCAGAAAUUCAAAUUUCAAUUUCGUUCGCGUCUGUAUGGGUCUGUGAAUUAGGAUCACUCAUGAUGCAAUGUUUUUCUGGCGAUAGAACACGGGAGGUACUUCUACGUAAAUCACACUGAUAGCGCGGACCACCGUGACGGCCGCGAAGAGCAACCACCUUCUAAGUCCGCGGUCGCAGGAGGAAGUGCAGCGACGACUCCCCUCGCCGCAACCGGGGUUAUUCGGUGGAGUAGGAGGGGAAGCACAAGGACCGGGCGGGACGCGGAAGAAGUGGAGGAGACGCUGCCUGGAACAGGAGGUAUGCACCCAAGCUAUUCCAGGACAAGUGCCGCAGCAGAGGAAGGAAAAGGAGCUCCUGCGGCGGCAAGUAGAACUUCUUCUACUAGUGCUAGUCCAACUGGACGUCCUCGGACAAGUGGAGGUGGACCAGCAGGUCCAGAAGUGCGGCCUCCCCCGCCUUUCGGCGAGGUAAUUGGGUGGACGGAGGACUGCUUUUCCGAUGAGGAAGAUCAAUUUCAAUCAACACCUGGAAAUAUUUCUGCCUUCUCAGAGGAAGAAUCCCACCUACAGCAGCAGGGGCAGGUUCCAAGGCAGGACGGCCAAGAUGAAAUGCUGGAUGACGAUCAGCAUCUUCACGGUGGUUUGGUAGAGCAUCAUCAUAAUCAUCACAUUGUCGGCAGAAAAUCAUACCCAUACGACAACUCGACCACUGCUACUGCCCAGGAGGGACAAGAAAAGACCAGCUUUGCUUCCGCAGGACUAACGAGCGGGUCGUCACCGCCCUCACGACCAGGUGGAGCAGAGGAGGUGCUGGAGCAACCUGCUGUUUCAUUUUUAUCCCAACAAUGCGGUGGUCACAAAAAUGCCUUUCACGGAGAACACGCACAGGAGACGACGGCCGGAGUAGUGCAUGGAAGACACAAACCCGGGAGGACUAGAUCUGGAAUGCCAGCAUAUUCAACCGUAGAUGAAGUCCAUCCCUCCUCCGAAUAUCCUACGCCCAAAACCGCCUCGCCCACCGAGUCCGCGUUUGAUCGGUUGCAGAAGAAGCUGCUUGGGGGCGGGGGGAAAAAUGACGCGGCGAGAAUGAAGACUUCUGGCGCGGCGCCGGCAAAGUCGAUGGGCAGCUAUAAUUCGAGCCGCAGCGCAGUUCGGGCAGCUGACGGCGAGAUGAAACUACCCCCGAGCAACGUCUUUAGUCCAGCAGAGGAAGUUGUAGACGAGGCACCAGGAGGUAAGCAUCGCCGCAACCAGCUGCACCCGGGUGAAGUGCAGCAUCAUCUUCGCGGGCAAGUGUAUCAAAUGGCAGAAAUAAAAAUGUCCGGUAGUUUGAUGCAACUAGAUCUAGAUGUGAGUCAGACAAGAAACUGGAGAUGAAGGGGAUCACAUUCCUCCUCUAAAUUCGGCUUUCCGCGACCAUUCGAGGACGAUAUGACUUCGCAUAUUGGGCGGGACAAAGUAAGUAAGGCUUAUUUCAGCACGAGGAGGUGGGCCUCAAGCAGCUUUUGCUUCAUCAUCGUGUUCACGACAAGAAAGAUGCAUGACACGAGGAUUUGGUUAUAUUUGUGAUUAUCCACAAUGUCGCUCACCACCGACACUAAAAAAGAGCUGAGAACCAGAUCACGUAGCAGAACUACAAUUACUGGAGUUGCAUUUUUGCAUACGCGACUCACACCGCGGACCAGCUUGUUUAUCCUGUGUAAAAUCGACGUUAUCUUCGCUCUCUCACAAUUUUUGUGGUAUAAUGCUUGAGGUGCAGCAAUGUACUUUAUCUUUAUGCGCGUAUUAGCAUGACAGAUUGGGGUUCUAGGAGGUCUCCUGCGUCCGACACCACUUGCGGCGACGGUGCAAAGGUUUCUUUUCAAUGAGGUGAAGGCGCGGGUGCGCAUGACAAAUUGAGACGUACGAAGAUGACGUUGCACAUGGAUGUUGUGGAACCGAUCUGCAGAUGGUUUUGAGGCUCCUCGAAAGCCGUAUGGUGCUGUUCCGCGCAGGUGUUACAUUCCUUGCAUUACAAAUUAUUUAUGUGUGAGUUCUUCGAUGCUGUUUGCCACCAAGAAGUGGGUGAAAAUUAUUUGCAUUAAUCUCAGUAUGAUCUAUGGAGAUACAAAAGUCCUCAAAUGAGAUUGUAACAGCACGAUGUGAACGGGCCAUAAGCUGGAGAGAUUGCGGCGGCAGGGACAGAAGUUACUCACGGCAAAGAUGUCUGGGGCUGGUGGAAAGAGGGUGCACAUAAUUCGAGGAAUGCAGCAUGACAAACUUCAACACCGAAUGUAGCAGGACAAAUUUUCCGAACUACAACCUUGUACGUACCUGUUUUCGAAAAAUACGCAUGACAAAUCCUGUCAUCUUCUCCGAACCCCCGCAUCAAGCACAAAAGCGUCGCUCCCAUUGUUCCGUAGUAGGCAUGAAAGACCUCCUCGCAGUCGCAAAAAUUUCCUUAGGAGCUGCCACGCUACUUACACGAAAUUGCAGUUCUCUACCCCAGGUCCUCCAGCCCCAGAAGACACUUUUCUUUGCAAUGCAUAAAGACACGCGCUUCGCAACUUCGACGAGGAUGUGCCACCACUCUGAGUAGAUAACUCGACGAGGAGCUGAGAAGAAGUUCUUCAUCACUGCCAAAUGAUCUUCUGUCUUGGGAGCUACACGAAUGAUGUGCUGAUCGUGGAGGUGAUAAUCCGCAUGACAGUGACAAUUUUGGGACUGUGGGUAGGUAUUUCUUGCCACAGGAUCUGAAGAUACUUGAAAAAGAGCCAGCUUAUGUCUACUUCCCCGGCAUGCAGAGCCAGAGGAGGCUGCAAGAGUGAGUAUUUCUUGACUUACUCUCCCACUCACUCCCACGACGUGUCUGCCAUGCACAUGAAGAUGAGGAGUUGGGACGGAACCACUUAAAGUUGGUUGUGCACGACGCUCAUAGUAUAUUUCUGAGCUUUAUAAAACUGAAGAAUAAAAACAGCACAGCGCUACUCCUGUUUAUCAUUUCCGAAAUAUCCGUCAUGAUGAUUACUUACGUUUACGCGCAUAGCAAACUAUAACUAUGCGCGCUGUCAGCACAUUUUUCGUCCUGCUCGUGUGUUUCGUUGCUAGAGCGGUAUUUUCAUUUAUUU